AUGGUGACUUCGAUACGAUCCAUCGCAAGCCUGGCGGUUCUCUCUGGACUCGCCAAUGCGAAACUAUACGCCGUGCCCGAGGCAACUACAACGUUCAACCUGCCGCUCGACCAAUUCAGCCCGCAACCUACGAAGGCGCCCGCCUACGCGGAUCUGAGGAGAAGACAAACAUCAGCCGCGACCACCGUGCUUGUUGCUCCGGAUAACACUUGCGGAUACAUCUCCGGUCGUGCCGGCGCUGCUUACACUUGCGGUACUGCGGCCAGCUGUAUCUUCUUCACAUCGACCUCGCGAGUCAAGGGCUUCGUGGCAUGCUGUGACGCAGACGACUGUGGUGCGCGCCGCACCUGUUACGACGCUCGGCAGAUUUCUUCAUCGAGCGUUUGCGACAAUGGCUGCAUGGUGGACAAGUAUACCCUCAAGUGCACCAACACAGCAAGGCCAUACUGCAACACCAUCUCCUUCUCGGGCAGCAUCUUUGACUACUGGUGCAACACCCUCGAAAUCUCAACGGCACAAGCUGCUGUGACGACCUUUGAGGGCCAGACAGGGCGUACUUGGGUACCGCUCGCUCUAACGGACGACGCUACUUCGAGCCUUCGGGCCCCGAGUGCGUCCGGCAGGUUCACUGCGACCGGAACCGGCUCCCCCGCAGACCCAGUUGCUUCCGACCCCACCAGCAACAACAAUAAUAACAACAACGACAACGAUAGCAACGACAACAAGUCUUCCACUCCCGUUGGUGCCAUCGUCGGAGGCGUUGUUGGAGGCCUGGCUGUCAUUGCUCUUGUCGGCCUCGCAAUCUUCCUCAUCCUCCGCAAGAAGAAGAAGCCGGCCCAGAACCAAAACCAGCAGCCGCCUCAAAUCCAGCCCCAGCCCCAGAUGGCUCAGAACAACUACCAAGGAGGACCCCCGCCUCAGGCAUCCCCUCCUAACCAGUACGCUUCGACUACUCAAUCUCAAGUGUGGGAUCAUAAGUACGGCGGCCCCCCGGGGGCAGGAUACCCCCAGAGCUACGGCAGCACGUCUCCUCCUCCCCAAGGUGGUUACCAGCAGCCUGGGCAGCCUGGCUACUUCGUGGCGGGCAACAUGGUGCCCGACCGCGCAGACACCACGAGCCCCAUGUCCGUGUCUCAAGCAACGGAUAACCGGUACAGCACCCAAACCGUCGCCGGAUACCAGCCGCAACAGCCUCCUCCUCCGCAGCAGCAAUUUGCGCAGCCGCAGCCUACGAUCCACGAGGCGCCGGCCACCAACGAUGGCCACCGGGGCCAGAUGCAUGAGCUCGCUUGA